AUGGGCGGGAGCAAGCCCCGCGGGAUUAAGUGCGCCCGCAAGCUCGUGAUCCGCCGCCGCUCGCAGCUUUGGGCCGACAAGGACUACAAGAAGGCGAACCUGGGCACCAAGUACAAGUGCAAUCCCUUCGGCGGCACCUCGCACGCGAAGGGCAUCGUCGUCGAGAAGAUCGGGAUCGAGGCAAAGCAGCCCAACUCCGCCAUCCGCAAGUGCUGCAGGGUGCAGCUGAUCAAGAACGGCAAGAAGGUCGCCGCGUUCGUCCCCCGUGACGGCUGCCUCAACUUCGUGGACGAGAACGACGAGGUGCUGAUCUCCGGCUUCGGCCGCCGCGGGCACGCGGUGGGCGACAUCCCCGGCGUGCGCUUCAAGGUCGUGAAGGUUGCCGGCUGCGGCCUGGGCGCCCUCUACCGGGAGAAGAAGGAGCUCCGAGGAGGAGGAGGAGGAGGAGGAGGAGGAGGAGGAGGAGGAGGAGAUGGAGGAGGAGGAGGAGGAGGAGGAGGAGGAGGAGGAGGAGGAGAAGGAGGAGGAGGAGGAGGAGGAGGAGAUGGAGGAGAAGGAAGGAGGCCGUGCGGGCGAGCGGCCGUGCGGGAGGAAACCCAGACAUGCUCGCGUCGUAAGAAAAAUCAGGACGGAGGCUUUUCGACGUGUUCGGCCUCUGGAAGCCCUCGCUGGGCCCCGGGACCGUCAACAGAACGACUCAGGAUGAAGAACCGGUCCAGGGGAAAGGGUCGGGGCUUCCAGGGACGCCGUCCUGCAAAAAGCAGGGCGUCGCAUGUCUGGCGAAAGGCACCCUUACACCGAACCCUUCCAGGGCUCAUUUCGAUUCCCCCGAGUCGAUUCGAUGGGAUUUCGAUCAGAUUCGCCGUUUGA